CCACUGUGGCAGCCAUGUAUUAUAGUUACUAUAUGCUACCUGAUGGAACCUAUUGCCUCGCGCCUCCACCUCCAGGAAUAGAUGUUGCGACCUACUACAACACGUUGCCUGCAGGGGUGACGGUAUCAAGCACUACAGGUGUAGCCACGGUGCCUCCACCGCCCGGUACUACACCUCCCCCUCCUCCGGACACAACGGAGAGCAGCAGUGGGUUGACUUCUACCACAACAUCUACAAGCACAAUUGCUCCGGUGGUUGCCAUUAUACCUCCACCCCCAGAUAUCCAACCUGUUAUUGAUAAGCUGGCUGAGUAUGUUGCUAGGAAUGGGAUAAAAUUUGAAACCAGUGUUCGUGCCAAGAACGAUCUCAGGUUUGAGUUCCUGCAGCCAUGGCACCAGUAUAAUGCUUACUAUGAAUUUAAAAAACAGUUCUUCCUUCAAAAAGAGAGCAGUGACAACUGUCAGGGAGUAUCUUCAUCUGAAGAUGUUCCAGCAGAUACUGCCGUUGACACACCAAAUGAGACUCAAUUUCCAGAUGAACAGGUACCUGAAGAUGCAUCUGAGCCAAGUGCUAAGGGAAUUCCAGGAGCUAAAAAGGAUAUUCCCCCUUCUAAAGCUGUCAGUGAUGGUAAACUGGUGAAAGCAUCAUUUGCUCCAAUAAGCUUUGCAAUCAAGGCCAAAGAAAAUGACCUUCUUCCUUUGGAGAAAAACCGUGUUAAGUUGGAUGACGACAGUGAUGAGGAGGAGGAAGAGGGCAAGGAAGGCCAAGAGAAUGCAAAUAGUGCUUCAAACCAUACUCCAGCUGUUACCACUCCUUGUACUGCUGCUGAAGAGAAAAAACCUCAACUUACGCAGGAGGAGUUGGAAGCUAAACAAGCAAAACAGAAACUAGAGGAUAGAUUAGCAGCUGCAGCAAGAGAGAAGCUUGCCCAGGCCUCCAAAGAAUCAAAAGAAAAGCAGCUACAAGCAGAGCGCAAGAGGAAAGCUGCACUGUUUUUGCAGACCCUGAAAAACCCUCUGGCAGAGACAGAAACUGAGAAGAUUGAAGAGAAUUCGUUCAGUAAUGAGAGUGUCAAUAGUAUACCCUGUCCUGUGACUGCAGUCAGAACUUUAACCACCUUGGAAGUUAAACAAGCAGAAAGGCCUCCAAGCAAAAGCAAAGAUCCUCCUAGGGAUGAAGAAAAAGAGAAGAAAAGAAAAAAACACAAGAAAAGAUCUCGAACGAGAUCUCGAUCACCGUUCAAGUAUCAUUCAUCAUCUAAGUCCAGAUCUAGAACACAUUCAAAAGCAAAGCACUCGCUUCCCACUGCCUAUAGAACUGUCAGGCAUUCAAGGUCACGAUCAAGGUCACCUAGGAGAAGGGCUCACACACCAGAAAGGCGGAGAGAUGAAAGGAGUGUUCCAACAGCUUAUCGCAUUAGUAAUAGUCCUGGAAACAGCAGGAAACGCCCACGGUCCAAAAGUCCCCACGAAAAGAAGAAGAAGAGGCGGUCUAGAUCACGUACCAAGUCCAAAGCCAGGUCUCCUUCACCAUCCAUGUCACCAGGCAAACCAUCUACACAAAAAAAUUCUGUACAUUCAACUAGUGUCUCUCCUGUGGAGAGCAGGGAAUCCAGCCAGGAACGCUCCAGGGGAGUUUCUCAGGAAAAAGAUGGCCAAAUCUCUUCAGCAAUUGUGUCUUCAGUGCAGAGUAAAAUCACUCAGGAUCUUAUGGCCAAAGUGAGAGCAAUGCUUGCAGCUUCCAAAAAUAUACAAACUAGUGCCUCCUGAGACCUGUUGAACUGACCAUCGAGAAAUUGUGUGAAAAACAACAAUAUAAAAAACUGCCUCAUCUCAAAUGUACAGCUGAGCUUAGCUCACUUGGUUCACAACUCGUCUAAUAUUACCAGAACUCGAGGAGCUAAAACCUAUCUUUCUGUACAGAAGCGUCUCCUUGAAAUUUCAUUAAACUUUUUCAGCCAGAAUAUCUUUGGAAAGUUUUUGGGUUUUGUAAAUUGAUUUUUUGACUAAUUCUUCAGUAACAUUUUAUGAUCAGCAGUCUAUAUGUGUAUAUUUGUAAAUAUCAUGUUUCUGUGAAAGAAGUAUUACACAAUAAUAAAGAAGGAAACAUCUUUCAUUAGCU